UCUAGGCAAGUAGAUUAUCAAAACCCACACUAGCUUUGCCACCUCAUCUGCACAACCUUUCUGCACACCAAGCUUCUUGUUUGUAGCUAUGAUGGAGGAUGAGAAGAAUGAGAGUGGUGGGAGUGAGAAGGUGGGAGAGAAGGAGAAGGAGCCGGCUAUGAACGAGGUGCAACACAUGGUUGUUCAUCAUGGAGGAGGUGGUGGUGGUGGUCCUCCACUUAUUUAUCCAACACCAUUAGCUACUCAUGAAGAGAUUGUUAAGAAUCAUGUUGUUUUCAUGGAUGCUCUCAGGAGCUUCCAUUCAUCCAUGUCUACAAAGUUCAUGAUUCCUGUGAUCGGAGGCAAGGAUUUGGAUCUUCAUCAACUCUAUGUGCAAGUGACUUUGAGAGGGGGGCUUGAGAAAGUGAUCUUGGGGAGAAAAUGGAGAGAAGUCAUUGCAGUGUUUAACUUCCCAUCUACCACAACCAGUGCUUCAUUUGUACUUCGGAAGUACUAUUUGAGUCUUCUCCAUCACUUUGAGCAGGUGUACUUUUUUGGAGCUAAAGGUCCACUCAUCCUUCCUGCAGAGGCUUUGCAAACCAAGUCUCCUUCUGGGAAGCUUGAGCGUGCUAGGCCUUCAUCAUCUGAGACUUACAUGGCUUCAUCUUCAAGAAAGAGGGUUUUUUCUGAAGCUGAGAAAAAAGCAGCACAAACUCUUGCAUCUGUUUCUGAUGGUGGUGAGCAUUCAGAAGAUAGAUCUGGACCUGGAGACAGAUUCAAUUUCUCCGUAUCAGGGACAAUAGAUGGCAAAUUCGACUAUGGUUACUUUGUUACUGUCAAAAUGAACUCUGAAAUCCUCAAAGGAGUCUUGUAUCAUGCACCACCAUCGACCUCAUCUCCGCAUGCAGCUCCUAGUAACAAAGCAGUAGUAGUCUAUUCUCCGGAACAAGCUCAACGCCGUCAGAAACGAUACCGUGAUCCUGCUCACCCGAAACCGAAUAGAAGUGCCUACAACUUCUUCUUUGCCCAGAAAGCAUGCCCAAUUGAAGGUAAUAUCCAGCGUCGUGAACGUGAGUUCAGCAAAAUGAUCGGCGAGUCAUGGAACAAACUCAGUGAUGAAGAAAGAUCGGUGUAUCAGGAGAUUAGCAAGAAAGACAAAGAACGAUAUGGAAACGAAAUGAAGGAAUACAGGGCGAGACAAAGGAUUGGAAUGCCGGGAACUGCGAGGAUUGAUCCAAAUGCCGACACAUCUAAUGCUGAUACCAACCCAAAUGUGUGAUUACAACAAACAUUGAAAUUUCAAAUUGAAGAUCAAUUGCAUGACAGUGUUGCCAAAUUAAAUGCAGUUAUGGGAAUUGAAUUCACAUACUGCAUUGUUUAUGUAGUUCUAGGAGUAAGUUUAUCUUAGAAGUUUAUGUGAAACUAUUAGUGAAAAGUUUUAAAUUAUUAAUUUGUAUGAGCAACUUAGUGGAAAGAUAUUGGGGUGUUUG